AUGCUUUACAGAGGUAAAUUUGCUGAUGGUGGCGAUGGACGGGAAAUGGCUUCAAAACGUCAGCGGACCGUUGACGCGGGAUCUUCAUUCUAUGGUUCCCCAGGUUCCAGUUAUAUGUACAAUCCAUCUCCAUAUGGAUAUGUGAGCCAACCUCCUCCUCCCCCGCCGUUCCCUGUUGUUCGACUGCGCGGCCUUCCCUUUGAUUGUACUGAAACCGAUGUGGCUGAGUUCUUCCAUGGUCUAGACAUAGUUGAUGUUCUAUUUGUUCAUAAAGGUGGCAAGUUUUCUGGGGAAGGCUUUUGUGUUUUGGGGUAUCCACUUCAAGUCGAUUUUGCUCUUCAAAGAAACAGGCAGAACAUAGGUAGAAGAUAUGUUGAAGUUUUCAGAAGUAAGCGACAGGAAUACUACAAGGCAAUUGCAAAUGAGGUUUCAGAUGCUCGAGGCGGUUCACCUCGUCGAAGUGCUCCCCGGGCUAAAUCAUACGAUGAUGGAAAAGAUUCGGCUGAGCACACAGGAGUGUUGCGACUGAGGGGAUUACCAUUUUCUGCAAAUAAGGAUGACAUAAUGGAGUUCUUCAAGGACUUUGCUCUGUCAGAGGAUUCAAUUCAUAUUGUAAUGAAUUCAGAGGGUAGACCUUCUGGGGAGGCUUAUGUGGAAUUCGAAAAUGCUGAAGAUUCAAAAGCUGCCAUGGCAAAGGAUAGAAUGACACUUGGGAGUCGCUAUAUAGAGCUAUUCCCUUCGUCACAUGGUGAGAUGGAAGAUUCAGUUUCAAGAGGAAGAUGA